AUGACUUCCACACUUCGAGCUGUCCUGCUGAUAGUUUCUUUGUCACUUACAGCUCUGGCAUUUCCUCAGCCAAAACCAUCGUACGGUGGCGGUGCUGGCGUCGGCAGACUGAUUCUUGAUGACGAAAAAGCAAAACAAUAUGCAUGCUGCUACGAUAUGGUUCUUGUUGAGAGACUCCAAAAGCGCAAAGCUCCUCAAGAUACUGAAGACGGACGCCUCUAUGUGCCUGACGAAGACUUGCCCCGUUUGCACUUGUGUAAAGUUCUUAGUGUUGGGCCCGGAAGAGAGGAAGAAAAUGGAUCUGUUGCACCGAACUUGGACAACCUCAAGCCUGGAGAUCUUGUAAUCGCCAAACAACCGUGGGGAAUUGGUCCAAAAGACGAAGAACUUUCGGACGGAACAAAACUCUCUUACAUGAGGGGCUUGGAUGUUGCUGCCGUGAUUCCUGGCGGUUCUGUUGCCGAGUAG